UUUUUGCUGCUUCCUCUUGACCUCUAAACUUUGGAGUGCUUCCAAGGCCCAGUCCUUGGACCUCUGCUUUCUUGACAUUUCCCAGGUCAUUUUCAUUCUGUCUCAUAACUUUUAAAUACCAUUUGUAUGUUCAUGACUGGUAAACUUAUCUCUCACUCAGACAGCUCAUCGGAACUCCACCUUCACAUAUGCAGCUGUCUGUUCAACACCUCUUAUAGGCAAGCCCAGACUCCUGAUCUCAUGAAGUUGCUCUUCCCAUCUUCAUAAAUGGAAGUUCCCAUCUUCUCAUCACUAAGCCCAGAAACUUUAUGGUCAUCCUUGACUGCUCUCUCAUAUCCCCGUACCCUCAUAUGCACAGUGAAUCUUCUUGGCUUUAUUUUCAAUAUACAGAACACUUCUCACCACCUCUACUGUUACUGUCCUGAUUCAAGCCACACUUUUCUUUUGCCCGGAUUAUUGCAGUAGCCUCCUAACAGUGCUUCCAGCUUUGACACUUGUCUUCAAAGAGCAGCAGGAAGGAUUCUUUGAAAAUGUACAUCAGCUGUCACUCUUCUGCUCACAGCCCUCCGGUGGCUUCCCAUCUCACUCAGAGGCUUACCAAAGUUUUGGCUUUGUUGCAAAAGCAAAUCAAGACUUGGUGAACAAGUGUGCAGAUUGUGACGUAUGUCGGUCCAAGAAAUAAAUAAACAUGCAGUUCUCCCUCCUAUCAUUAGUAGAAGUGACAAGGAAUUUUUGGAAAGUAUGCAAAGAUACAUAAUUACAGAAACUGAAAGAGUGGGCUGUAAUGAGGAAGGACCUGCUGAUGAAUAUUACAUCAUAUACCGACACGUUUUUGAUAAGGUAAUAGAGUAUGUCACUGCAUACAAAUCCAUUCUUACUUCAAUCAAAAAAGAAUAUGAUGCCUUUAUUGAGACAAUAAAGGAAAGCCAAAGAACUGCGUUUUGUCUUCAUGGAAAACUUAAAGCUUUGGCAGCAGAGCCCAUAGCAUUGGUAUAUCACAGGAAAAGAACAAUCCAACUUGAAGCAAAAAUGAGGGUUAUUGAAAAUAAUUCCUCAAAAAUUCAAUUGCAAAUAGACCAAAUGAAACAACUUAGGGCAGAGUAUGACAGAAAAGAAGUAAAAUAUCAUACUUUCUCCAAAGAUCCUUCAAAACCUAUUCCAGGCAUGACUGUCCAAGAAUCCGUCAAUUUAGAUGCUCUCACUAAAUACCUGAAACAUCUUGAAGAUAAAUAUGCUGAAGUUAAACAGGUUAUGCUGAAAAAAUAUGUACCAGUUCAGAGGAAGGAGGAUUUAGAUGAGGAAAUGAUGGUGACAUUAAAACGGAGAGAUUUAGCUGAAAUUUUAAACAAAGAAUUACAGUUUCGUCAUCAGAGACUGCAGAUUAUUUCACAUGCAUUUACUUCAUGGGUAAAAUCUGAUAUGAGCAGCUCAUUUCAAGAUUUUGUGGAGCAAAUUCAGAAAACUAAAGAUUUCCAUGGUGACCAAGGCAUUGUUGAGGAACUGCUUGAAGAUGACCCAGGCAAGGCAAAAGAAGCUGAAAUUUUGCUUCACUACAUUGAAAGGUUCAAUGAAUUAAUGUCACUUGGUGAAUAUGAAAAGGCAGCUUGUUUUGCAGCACACAGUCCUAGAAGAAUUCUUCAAAACAUUGGGACAGUAAAUAAAUUUAAGGCUAUUGGAAAAAUUAGAGGAAAGCCUUUUCCAUUACUCUUAUUUUUUGAAGCCAUCUUUAGCACAAGUCAAGCAUGCAGACGUCCUAUUAAUGCAGAACUGACCGUGGAAGGAAUCAAAUGUGGAUUAUCUGAAAAACGUUUAGAUUUAGUUAUCAAUUGGGUCACCCAGGAACGGCUCACAUUUUCUGAGGAGGCUGGGGAUGUCAUUUAUGAUUACGGGGAGCAGGAUACUUAUAACAAGGCCAAGUGCCUGGCUUUAGCUCAGAUUAUCUACACUGAAUGUGGCCUACACAAGAAAGCUCUUCAUUGCCUAUGUAAACAGGGUCAGAUUUAUGGGGCCAUGGAAUACAUACAGCAGUUCAAGGACUUUACUUCCGAUGACCUGAUGGAGCUAAUAAAGUUAUGUCCUCACACUGAAUUAAUUCACUGUCUCACUAGAGAAUGGAACGGGAAACCACCAUCUUUAUCUUUCGGUCUUGCCAUACUUCAUCUAUUCUCUAUAGAUAUGAAAAAAGUUGGUAUUGAGCUACUUCAAGACAUAAGUAGAGGUGGAAACGGUAUAGUUGAACAUCUUAUGAUAAAUGAUCCAUUUUGCUCAUUAGAAAACUGGCAAGAAGUGGCAAAUAUAUGUUUACAGAAUGGCUUUGACAAAAUAUCUAAAGACAUCAUGUCUGUUCUUCGAUCUCAGGCUGGAGUUACAGAAAUUUCUGAAGAGGAUGAUACAGUCAACUUAAUGGAACAUGUUUUUUGGUAGUGCUACGUCUUAACCAGUUGAGGGAGCUUGUAUAACAUUUUAUGUGUAUUGGUUGGACAAUUUGAUUUUGGCAUAACUAACUUAUAAAUAAAUCCAAAGUAUGAAGCUCUCAGAAAUAAA